AUGUCUGUGGGCAGACGACAGAGUGGGUGCUGUAUUGAUUUUGAGAUCAGCCUGUAUCAGACGAAAAUCGUCAACAAAAGCAGCGAGAUCGUCGAGGAACCAGCAUCUUGCCAUACGGUUUACUAUUCUGAAGCACACUGCCGUCACCCGACCCUUCAGAAGGGUGGAAACAUUAAAACAGACAUUAUGAAGAUUCUAAUGGUGCUGUUCGUAGCUCUGCUGCCUGUAGUAUUGUCAGCUCCAGUGGAACUAAAGAAGAGGUCCAAAGAAGUAAUAUUAUUCGGAAACCAUCAAAACAAGCCGCGAGGACCAUUUGCGACAAAGAAAAGUGACCCGUCAUUCGAUGCUAGCUCCAACCCCAGCCUGGUGGAUCAGACAGGGAACAUCCAUGUUGUAACACCUGAAGAAAACGAAUCGGCAAAACCGGAGAACGACGUGUCUGAAGUUAUCCUGCCAGAAGUGGGAGGACAGAACGUCGAGGUGAUCACAAGUAAAGACCAGACUCAGCCAGAACAGAGCCUGGACUCGGCUAAAGAUCUGGAGGAGGUGAACAACGAAAACGCGGACGAUCUGAAAACAUCCGACGUUGCAGUGGAAGAUGCUGCGAGUGAAACAGAAACAAACGCCAACUCUCCAGAAGAUGGUGCUGGCAUAGCGAUAGUGGGCACCGAGGCCGAUUCCAGUUCGAAGGAAGAUACGAGUUCAGCAGAUGAUCACGAGAAUGCAGCAGCAGCUACAGGUGAUGAUACGGAGGUUUUAGCUACACCCUACAAAGAUGAAUUAGAAGACUUUUACGAAUAUCUUCUUUCUUAUGAUAAUGCAAACCGAAAUUUGCCUUCCUCUUCCCAGCGCGAUGGGUCGUACUCCAAUUACUACCCUAGCCUGUAUUCGCUCAGACGUAAGCGAAGUUCACGAAGAUCCGCCAAACAGGAUUCUUCCCACAGGACCCUGAAGAGAGCCAGACGUAUCAAGCGAGACCUUCUGGACGACAAGGCGCUGUACCUGGAGCAGUACCCGGUCCAGGAAAGACUGCCCUCGGACGAGGAACUGUACGAGAUGUUCCACUCCACGGCACAGAACCUACAGGACCUGGCCGACCUGCUGGAUCUGUACACCGAAUACCAGGUCCCGGAGGCUGUCGCUCCGCCUUUCGUCGGCUACGAUCGUGACGAGUACGAAGCGUACCCUGCCAUCAAACAGUACGACGGGGAGAGCGAGCUGUACUCGCCCGGAGGUGAGAGCGAGCUGUACUCGCCCGGAGGUGAGAGCGAGCUGUACUCGCCCGGAGGUGAGAGCGAGGACGAGAUGUACACGCCCGUCAAGCGAGAGAUGCUCGGUGAUAUGCCUGGAUUCAAAAAGCGCUUCUUCUACCCAUCCUACGACGAGCCCGAGACUCAUUGGGGUCCGUUCGUGACGCAGCAGAAGAAACGAGCGGACGAAGGACGGGAGGAGAGUUACCAGAGACUCCUGCUGCUGGCACAGGCUUUGGCCGGAGACCAGCCUUCCAACUAUUACUAUGACGGUUAUUACAAGAAGAAGUAAAGUCCUUCAAGAUAGCAAUGGAAGCUUAUUCCCGUGUCAUCCAUGUUGUGAUUGUGCUUCGUGUGACGUCAACAACUAGGGUUCUCCAAGAUGAAAGGACAUCAAGACAAAAAAAACAAAAACAAAGGCCACCAAGAUAAAACUUUCAACUGUGGGAUUUUUACACAAUUAUGUGAUCUUUUGAUUUUUGCUGUUUGACGCUGUGUUGUGUACUACCAUGCUGUAAUAUUGUCGCGUUUUUGUGUUUUUUGAAUAAUACAUGAUGCGUAAGAGCGUAUGUACUUGAAUGAAUACUACUUAUUUCUAGUGUCACUAUUGAAAUAUCGUAAUUGUUAUUUUACUUUGUUACAUUCAGUAAUAAUGUACUUUAACAUUGAGUAACGUAUUGGAUAAAUUAAUCAAAUUGAUUGUUUGGACAUAUCAAUUUAGAAAUAGCGUUUUUGGACGUAUUUAUUUAAAUAACUAUUUUUCGGCAACUACUUUAUAUCGUACAGUCGGUUUUAAGUUUUGUAAUGGUCGUACAUGUGUAGUCAUAUUUUCAGUAUUUUAUUGAACACUUCCGUUUUUAUUGACAGAGAAGGAAAGAUGUUUAAGUUAGCAACCACAUACGACAUAUAAGAUGUAACCUGUAAGACGUUUGUGCUCGUCCAUCAUCGUUCAACACUUCUAAAGCAAACUUUUUGUAAUGCUAUUGGACUGCUGUUGAUAGGACUCGAAAGAACACAAAUGCUAUCUGUAUUCGUGUAUUUUUUGUUAGCAUUGGUGUUAACAAAUUAAAAUCACGGGAAACUAAUCACAUGAUAUGAAGAUAGUUAUGUGCAUAUAUUUAACAUAAACACCAGUAUUAUAUGCUGGAUUUAAACGUAAAUUAUAUUAAAUAUUUUGGUAUCACCUUCAUGUUUUACAAACGCUGUUUUGACAGUAGAAAUAAUCAUAUCAAAUAGGACCAAAAUAGAUACCACAGUUGGAAGUAAAGGGAGCGGGGGUGCUGAUGGGGUGGAUUCAUACACCAUCGUAUGGACUUGAGUUAUAUUUGUUCCGUUCUUGUUAUUUUAUUUGUGAUUAAACUGUGUAUGUUGUUUGAAAGCAAAAUAACCUGUUAAAACCAUUCCACAUGAUAAUUGCUGUUAUUCAAAUACAUAUUAGUUCAAAGCGACAGAUUAAAAAAUAAGACUAAACCAAUGUAACCAGUAAAACAGUAGAACCUAGUUUCCAUUAAGUAGACUACAAGACAGUGGUGGUUUUAAAUCAUACACCAUUGUUAAAAUUAUGUGACUACGAAGAAAUGAUUUUAGAUACCGCUUCAGUGUUCAGUGUAUGGCUAAUGGAUUUCUACAAUCACAAUUAUAACUGACAAUAAAUGAAUUAUCGUCAUCAUCGCACGCUUAGUAUUCGUGGCAAAUAACUGUUAUUGACAGUAACAUUUCAUUGAAGAAAGGGAAGUAAUUACCAAAGGUUGUGAUAAAAUAUUUGUCUGUUACUUAUGGUGUUUAAUAAAGAAAUCAAGUGUU